GCUCCUCCCUAAUCCCAGCAUGCACCGGAGACUGGAUCCGGUCUUUCGGUCGAUUAGGAAGAUGGCGUCCUCAGGGGCGGAGCCGCAGGUCCUAGUACAGUACUUGGUGUUACGAAAGGAUCUGUCGCAGGCUCCGCUCUCCUGGCCGGCAGGAGCACUGGUAGCACAAGCUUGCCACGCAGCCACCGCGGCUUUGCACGUUCACCGCGAACACCCGCACACAGCCGCCUAUCUCCGGGACCUGGGGCGCAUGCGCAAGGUGGUGCUCGAGGCCUCAGACGAGCCCACCCUGCAGGAGCUGGCAGAGACCCUGCGGCAGAGGGACAUCGACCACGUGCUGUGGCUGGAGCAGCCGGAGAACACGGCCACCUGCCUCGCGCUCCGGCCCUACCCCAAGGAGGAGGUGAGCCAGGUCCUGAAGAAGUUCCGCCUGUUCAGAUGAGCGCGGCUGUUCCGCACCUGCCGGCCCCCAGCGCCCUGUUCCCCUUUCAGUGUCGGCUCGGCCUCCCUCCCCGUUACGAAAGCUUCCUGGCAGCCAGAACACGCGUGUCCACGUCAAGGUGUCACUAAUAAAUACUUCCUCGUUCAUGACGAGACAGUGCGCCUGUGGGAGUGGCUGAGAAACUAUUGUCUGUGAGUCGUUGUUCAGACAGAAGACUUGGCUGGACCGGUGCUGGGCCCAGGGAGCUCCGUUUGUCGGGGAUAAUGGAACUGUUCUGAUCACCUGGGUUUACAACGCUGCCUUCCGUUCCAUAUUUCUCAGUCACAUCCAGUUACAUGUUAUUCAGUCUAAAGCAGUACCAGGGGGCCGGCGCUGUGGUGUAGCAGGUGGAGCCGCCAUCUGCAGUGCCGGCAUCCCAUGUGGGCACCAGUUCGAGUCCCGGCUGCUCCGCUGCCGAUCCAGCUCUCUGCUGUGGCCUGGGAAAGCAGUAGAGAAUGGCCCAGGUCCUUGGGCCCCUGUACCCGCAUGGGAGACCUGGAGGAAACUCCUGGCUCCUGGCUUCAGAUCAGUACAGCUCUGGCUGUUGUGGCCAUCUGGGGAGUGAAACAGCAGAUGGAAGAUCUCUCUCUCUCUCUCUGCCUCUCUUCUCUCUCUGUAACUCUGACUUUCAAAUAA